AUGUUUCUUGUACUUAAUGAACUCAAGAAUGUUGGUGAAGACAGACUCGCAAACUUCAACGCUUUGAAAUCAAUUAUAACGGAUAAUGAGAUAAGAAUUAAUGAAAAGAAUCAACCCAGAAGAACUGCUCAGAACGUUGCAAACUUCAUUUUCGUAACUAAUAACGUUUACCCUGUCAAAAUUGAAGUUGGAGACAGAAGAUACGUAGUUUUAAGAGUUAAUGGUAAAUUCAAGGGUCAAUUUGAUUACUUCAAGAAUUUAAUGGAUUCAUGCACAAAGGAAUUUUAUGAUAAUUUACUAACAUAUUUUAUGCAAUAUGACCUUUCAUCAUUUAAUGUACGAAUCAUACCGAUGACUGAAGCCAAACAAGAUUUAAUUGAAUUAUCAACAAAUCCUUUAGAUGUAUGGAUAAAUACACAUUAUGAUGAAUUGUGUACAGGUAUGACGUGUAAAAAUGCUCUAUUCUGCAAACCAUCAGACAUGAAAGACAAGAAUUUCCAAAUGAGCAUUAAGGAUAAAUGUGAUAGGAAACAUAGAAGAAUAGACGAUAAACAAACAUGGUGUUAUGUUUUGAAAGAAGAAAUGAAAGGAUUAUAUAAACAGGUUGAACCAAACGAUAAUGAGGAUUCAUUUACUGACGAUGAAAUACCUGUAAAUGAUGCUUUAUAA